AUGGCCAGUGAUGAAGACCUGGAGCUCCAAGCGAAAGCCAUGGCGGAGAAGACGCUGCCCAGCAGUCUGCCGCCAGCGGCGCGCGCGGCCAAACUGCCCGCCAUCACGCAGAAAAUCCUGGAACGCCUGCGGAAACAACGGGAUGAAGCCGAAAAACCCAAGGUGAACACUGGAAAUGGAAAUUUGGAAGAUCCGGCUCCACCUGCACCACCACCUCCACCGGUGGGAAAACCUCCGGCACCAAUUCGAAUUGAUGGAGUUGAACUCUUUGGGGAUGAGUUGUGGUUUGAUGAUCCGGAGACUCGAAAAAGGUUGCGCGACUCUGUCAUCGAAGCACAUCGAGAGGAGAAGAUUUUGGUGGGACCACCGGCCGAUGAGGUCGAGCGCAUCUGUCCUUCAAAUGGCCGGAUUCUGGGAGCAGGAGCAGUUCUUCGCCUCGGUGGAGCCCAUCAGGGUGGUUAUGGUGAGCAGGACAUUGCCUAUGCCUAUCGCCAGUUGGCCCGUGCCCUGCACCCGGACAAGAACCCCACCAUUCCCACGGCCGGUGCCGCCUUCAAGCGCUUGUCGGAGGCCGCGGAUGAGCUGCGGCAGGGCCUGACGGAGCAGCGCAACGCGCUGAAGACCUUGGUGGCCUUCGCCGGGCGCAGCGCUACGGCAGAGAUGUUGGAACGACCGCAGGAGGCCAUCUUUGCCGAAGCCACUCGGGUGCUUUACACCGUGGCCACCACGGCAGGGGAAGGUCACAUUGAUCGAUUGGCUUUGAACAGGGCUGCAACUUUCAAUUCACAGAAAGCCUUGUUGUUGGCCAGUGAGUGGUUUCAGAAGCCUGGCCUGCUGGAUGUUUUUGGUGGCACACCUGUGAGAACUUCAUAUGACUGUGCGCCCAAGCGGUAUCGAGCGCAGUUUCUGUGCCUCAUCAAUCGCCUGUUGUUGGUUGAAGCCAGGCAAUUUGGAGAUGGUCACAUCAGAGCCGGCUGGAAUUCGAUCAUGCAAAACUUCCCCGAGUUGGCCUUGUGGAGGGAGUUCCGUGAACAUCUGCAGCUGCAUGUUUGGGACAACAGCAAUGACCCCAAGAAUGAUACCAGGGUCUAUGCAGACGAGACCGAUGCGGGAAAGCCUCCGGAGCCGAAGGAACCUGAGAUGGACAACCAAACGAAGGCACAAAAGUUGCUCGAAACAUAUUGGACACUUCUCUCAGGUCCGACGUUCCAAACUGCUUACGACAAGCUUCGACAUCGUGGCAAGAUGACCCUCCAGCUGGGGAUCAUGCAACUAAUGGAAGAGGCCACCCAAGAGGCUGUUACCAAAUUGAAUUUUAAAGAAGGAAAGGAAUGGAAAUUCAAACAGUCAGUUGAGUUGGUGAAAGAAGUUUUCGCGCAGUCAGAGGAUGAGUCCAUUAGGAAGAAAGCUUUAGAGUUGGAGCGCAUGGUGGAAUAUCCUCCUGGAAAGCUCUUUGGCAUCGUCGAAGAGAGGGACGGCCGGGAUCGUGAUAGAGACAAGGAGAAAUUGGAUAAAUCAGACAAGGCAGAGAAGAAGGAGAAAGAUGCCAAAGAUGCCAAAGAUGCCAAAGACAAAGAGCUGAAAGAGAAAGCUUCAAAAGACAAAGAGGGAAAUGCAGAAGAGCCUGGGAACAAACCUACCAGAAUGCGUAGCAAGUGGGAUGUAGGUGAGUGUGGGACCGUCAGAGUUCCAGGACGGACUCUAGAUGGAAAACCCACAUAUCGCCGUCAUUGGGACACCACUGCAGCAGAUGCCGAACGACAAUGUGCCGCUUGGGCUCGACGAUGGCGACUGGCCAUUGCCGCCCUUCUUCCAUCUGGUGCUGAUGGGGCGCUGCCGUUGACACACCCUGACCUCCGAACUCUUGCUGCUGAUUUGUGGAAAGAGAUUUUAAAAUGGACGGAGAGUGGUGCUGGUGCCUCACAUGGGCGGAGUCUUGGACUUUUCAAAGCAGAUGUCCAGACACCUCAGACGUUUGGCUGGGCUGGUAGAUCCAAAGCACCUCGAGGUUUGGAGCCUGAUUUCCCAAUCUGCGAGUGGGCCUUUGUUCCAAUGUCUGAUCUCUUGUUGACGGUGGCAGAAGGCAUCGUUGGCAUCACAUCCGAGGGCAUCUUCGCAGACAACUUCCCAGGACAUCAGCGGUUUACCGUGGAAGAGUUCUACGAGAAGAUUGAGAAGCUGGGCAGACUGAUACCCAGUGACAAGGCAGCUUUGACGCUUUCAGGCGUGUCGAGACUCCAGCAUCGAAGUCGUGCGCAAGGCGUGAAGGUGCUGAUUGAUGCUGAUUGUUUGUUGACGGGCAGCAACCUUUUGCGGCCCUGGGUUGUGGAACAGGUGGAACAGGUGGAACAUGAACGUUGUGAACAUCAUGGAGAAGAUCAGCCAGAGCCGUUGCCGAAAGCGCCCGAACCGCCCAGGCAGUCGAAACUGCCAGGCCUGGCCCGGAGUUCCGCGCCCGGUUCAUUGCGGGGGAACCUUCAAUUUGCCACCAGGACGGAUCAACCUUUAGCGACCUGGGUGGACCAGCUGAAAGAGAACCCCGUGGAGUCCACCGUCACGACGGUUGUGUUGAAUGCCGAGUUCGACAAAACCGCCGCCUGGACCUGUCAGAUCUGCAGCCAGUCCAGGAUCCCACCGGGCACAUCGACCUGUCCCACCUGCAAAAGGCCUCGGGGAACAGAACUGAGACGUUCGUACAUGACAGCUUCAGAACUAACGCAGUCAGUGGUCAAUGCUGUGAAUGACGUUGGAGUAUUCGAAACAGGAGGCGCCAGCAGCACAUCAUCCGGGAAACCCAAGCGCCGCGGAAAGAGUCCAACAAGGGCAGUAGGUAAAGCUCAGAAGCCCCGCGAGCAAAAACUCCACGACUCACUGGCUGUGACCUUUGACGACCAGAUCAAUGAAAUCCAGUUUGCCCAAACAUCACCGGCCUCACCCGCUCGCAACCAGGAGAAUGCUUGGAAACGGCUGGGCGUUCGCAACGGUGCAGGAGAGGCGCUUGACAAAGAACUCGAGCGAAAGGAUGCCCCUCAGGGCUGGGAGAAUCCACGCAACCUCAGACCUGUUCGUCCACCACACAUGCAGGCCGGCUCCGGUUUAAGCAGAUCUCAAGGUGAUUUCAGGGAACCGCCACCGCCAUAUCAACCAGAAUCACCUUCGGUUGGCUCUCUGCCUGAGCGGUCAUUGCUGAGAGGACGUGAAGGGAUGGCUGGUCCACCUCUACCAACUCCCAAAGAAUUUCAAGGGCAUUCAGGGCAUUCUGCAUAUUCCACACCUUCUGGAUCUCGGGAUCUUGAAGGUAUGUUUGGAGGAGACCCAGUGAGUGCAUGGAAACCUACGAGUUUCAAAACUCCAUUGUCCAGUUCGCAAGACCGUGAGAAACCACGGACGCCACCCGACCUGAGACAUGGUGGAGGACUACACGGAGGAGAGGGGCCCAAAAGCUGGGAACCGAAAUCCAUGAGCACAGGGAUGCGCGACCGUGAGAAACCACGGACGCCACCCGACCUGAGACAUGGUGGAGGAGAGGGGCCCAAAAGCUGGGAACCGAAAUCCAUGAGCACAGGGAUGCGCGACCGUGAGAACCCACGGAAGCCACCCGACCUGAGACAUGGUGGAGGAUUACACGGAGGAGAGGGGCCCAAAAGCUGGGAACCGAAAUCCAUGAGCACAGGGGUGCGCGACCGUGAGAAACCACGGACGCCACCCGACCUGAGACAUGGUGGAGGAUUACACGGAGGAGAGGGGCCCAAAAGCUGGGAACCGAAAUCCAUGAGCACAGGGAUGCGCGACCGUGAGAAACCACGGACGCCACCCGACCUGAGACAUGGUGGAGGAUUACACGGAGGCAGAGAGGAUCCCAGAAGCUGGGAGCAGAAAUCCAUGGGCAUGACAGGCUCAUCUUCUGCUCCAUUGGUGAAGGAAAAGUCUCAGGUGCCCAAGACGGUGGAUGCGAACAUGGACGUGGAAACCCUGCUUCAGGCACAGAAGAAACGGAUCGAGGGUUUGAAGCACAAGCUGAACACAAACAUGGCCUGACAUGGCCUGACAUGGCCUGACAUGGACGCACUGCGUUGCUCGAAAACAUGAGCACACAGGGCUCACAGUUCCAAAGAAGGACUGGAGAAUCAUGAUGAAUCAUGAAAACGAAUCGCGUUUUUGCCUGAUUGGCAAAAAAUUGC